AAGGUGUUUUAUUGCAGUAGGGGAAUAAAGAGCUGAGUCUCACACGGAGCUGAGAGACGAGAGACAACCCUCAGGUCCACAGGUUCAGAUGUGUCCACACCCGUUCUGCUCUCCUCAAAACUCUCCUCCAGCCUUAUCACUACAAAAUUUUCCUCAUGGCUCCUCAAAAGAAUAAGCGCCGCAAGCUGAAUGUGGACGGGGAUCUUAACAAUCCACAGAAAUUUCAGGAUCAGGAUUUUCUCAAACUUCAUCAGAAAUGUCUGAACAAUAAAGAGCUGUUUGUGGACGAUAAGUUUCCUGCAGCUCGGCGUGCCAUCGGCUCGGGCCUGCUGACACGUACUCAAGUGGGUAAAGUGGUGUGGAAGAGACCAUCGGAACUAGUGGAUGAUCCUUGUCUUAUUGUAGAUGGAGAGUCCAGGUUUGACUUCUCACAGGGAGAGCUUGGAAACUGCUGGUUUUUGGCUGCAAUAGGAGCCAUUACAUUCCAGAAGGACAUCAUGGAUCAGGUCAUUCCUGACAGUCAGUCAUUUGAUAAGGAUUACGCAGGAAUAUUUCAUUUCAGGUUCUACAGAAACGGGAAGUGGGUGGAUGUUGUGAUAGAUGACCAGUUACCGACACUCAGUGGACAGCUGAUCUUCAUCCACUGUAAAACUCGUAACGAGUUCUGGCCUGCGCUGCUGGAGAAAGCCUACGCCAAAGUGUGUGGUUCGUAUGCAGCUUUGAACGGUGGGUUCAUAUUUGAUGGUCUGCAUGAUUUCACCGGCGGCAUCUACAGAACAUUCAACCUAAAGGAAGCUCCUGAUAAUCUCUGGGAUCUGAUGGAUCAGGCAGUGAAACGUAGAGCUUUGAUUGGGUGUGGUACACCUCAAGGGCCCACUUCAGCUAACACUGUGCUUCCCAAUGGCAUCGUGCAGGGACAUGCGUACACCGUCACCGGAGUCACUAAGAUUAAGUCUAAGGGAAAGAUGGUGAAACUGGUGAGGCUGCUGAACCCCUGGGGAAAAGGAGAGUGGAAGGGAGACUGGAGUGAUAACUCGCGUCUGUGGAAUGAUUUGAGUGAGAAGGAGCGUGAAUCCUGGCUGGAGAUUAAGAACAACGGAGAGUUUUGGAUGUCGAUGGAGGAUUUCUGCAGUUGUUAUGAUGAGCUGGAUAUCUGCUGUAUUGGUCUCGAUUUCCUUGUUUAAUCCACUGCAGUCCGUCUAUAAUCUAUAACUUCAUAUUCUGUUGUUUAUUUCUGAUCACAGCUCUACACAAUACCGAGGUUACACUGUAGACACUGUGGUGUGUUUCUAAGCCGUAUUAAGUUUGGUUUUGGACAGAAAAAAAGUCCUGUAUUGUUAAACAGAUCAGUUCCUCUAUGAUCUGCAGAAUGAGGCUUGUGAAUGAUCACAUCAUGUAUUUUUUAAUACACUUCAUGUUAUAUGUGUGAAAGAUUAAAAAAAUUUAGAAAUUCAAGAA